AUGGGUGCUCCAGAAGUGUCAUCGCGCUAUUUCUUCCAGCUUCACGUUCACGUGAGUUUAUAUGUAAAUAUAUAAAUAAUGACGUCAUAAAGGUUUGUAAAGGUCAUCCUGAGGUAAAAAUCAGGGGCAGUUUUGCUAUAAUAUCAUCAUUUUCACUGCGAUUUUCGCUGCGAUUUGUGCUCAUUAUUUUCCCGACAGACUGAUAUUAACAUUUUCAUAAAGUGCAUGGACAUUUGUCGCGGCCCGCAGUGUGCCAAAACCUUUGAUUUUUUGCACUGUGCAUUCACUUUUUUUGUUUUGCACUGUGCGUUUGAAGUGUCGUUGCGACAUAAACUUUUUCAAAUUGGGUAAUCGCGGUUUUUGAGUGCCCGUCCGAAAACUCGCUGGCGUGAUUUUCGCGACCUGCACUGCGCAAAAACAAAAGCUCACUUUAAUUCUCAAUUUAUUUACACUAAUCACAUGCAAAAAAAUCAUGGAGUGUAUCAUAACGGUUUCCAUUGUCCGGUCAGUGUAAGAUCGCUCCACCGGAGAACAUGAUUCUUGCCAGUAUCGUCGAUCCAUCUCAUCCUGAAGCGCCCAAACGGUCGUGUGUAGGGGGAUGUCGAAUUCAUGCUGAUCACUUCCGUUUCCCACGAUUUCUUGAAUUGCUUCAAUUUUCCCUCGGUUUGGAUUGAUCUACCAUUGACAGUAUGAACUUGAAAUCCAUUACGAUGAAGAGCUACUGUCCCAGGCGAAGCCCUUUGUGCCCGCAACGGCAUGGGUGGACAGGAAAACCGACCGCUCUCCAUGAAGAAAAAAUCGGAAUCCAAGCUCACUUUGCACUGUGCAAUUCAUUGAUUUUUGCACCGUGCAAUAGGCUUUUUUGAGCUGUCGCUCCUGACUUUUCUUGCCCAGUGCAAACUCCAAGAAUCACGCCAGCAACUUUGCGAGCGGAUUAAUUACAAUUUUUUGGUUGAAAGUGCAAAGCACGUCAAACUGAGGAGUCCGGUGACUGGAGUAGACACUUCGCUAUCGGUUUUUUACACUUCGUCUAUUUCGCAGAGAAAGAGAGAAAAAAUGACACGUAAAAACGUACUCUCUCGCCCCAAAAAUUCCCCAUUUCUCCCCCGACAAAACGUUUUUUCGCGUCUUUUUUUGGCAAAUUGCCAAUCCAUUCGCCGGACUGUUUUAGCUUAUCUCAGUUUGACGUGCAAAGUAAAGAAAGUACUGUAACAAUAGUUUGAUCAGAGAUGCACCGUUCUUUGCCGAUUUACAAGAUACGUUUAUAAAGUGUAAAUUUUACGUUUUCGCCGAUCAAUAAUUUUUGCUAACAGGGGAAGUACUCCAAGUGCGACGCUCAGAUUUUGAUGAAACUUGGCACAAAUUUAGAAUAAUUUUUUCUAAGAUAUAUGCAAGAAUCCUAGCUCGCGCUUUGCAGAAACAACCGAAAUUUUUAGAUCGAAAGUCGGCGAAAAUUUAGGACUUUUUGCCGAAUUUCGGCACGAAAAGUUUCGUGCCUAUUUCAACCGUAAAGGAUAAUGUUUCUACAAGAAAUCAAAUUUUUUCACAUGAAACUGCCAAAGUUACGGCCAAAAAGGUUUUUUCUCUCUGACCGCUCUCCACGUUUAGCGUGCUCUCCCGGCGGCAAAAGUCGUUCGAUAUCUCGGCGGCGCCCGCAAAGCGCGAGCUAAAACUUUCAGGAAUUGAUAUUUUGUCCAUACCCGACGUGUGUGCAAAAUUUAAAGAAAAUCUGAGCGUCGCACUUGGAGUACUUACCUUAUAAGGCAGAUGCGAGACUCCUAGCUCGCGCUUUGCAGAAACGAGCGAGAUUUUUAAGUCAAACUUUGGCAAGAAUGUGACAUUUUUCUGCGAAUUUUGGCAGGAAAUUUUUUCCGUAAAACACUAACAAAAAUAUGGCCAAAACUAUUUUUCUAUCUGACCGCUCUCCGUGUUUCGCAUACUCUCUCUGCCUUAAAGAUAGUUGACUAUUUCUGCUGCAACUGCAAAGCGCAAGAUAAAACUUGCAGGAGUUGAUGUAUAGCCUAUGCCUGACGUGCAUGCAAAAUUUUAAAAAAUUCUGAUUGUGAGUGUCUCAAUUGGAGUACUUGUUUGUCCUUUUCCAACUCCAAAUCAUCUGUUUUUCCCCGCUUAUCUGCGUUUUGUGCUCCAAAUACGUGGGUCUUGACGUCGAAACGACGACCAAAUCCCACGCCAUUUUUGUUUAAACAAGGUCUUUGAGCGUUCGGGAAAACAGAAUGAAUCAAAAUUGUUUUGAUGAAUUUUGGAUUUAAACUCGCAAAAAACAAAAAUCUGUUGCAAGAAAGUGGGUCAACAAAAAAAUAUAUAGUUUGGAUAAAAAAUUGAAAAUACAGUAGCUUAAACUAUAGUGGGACUGCAAUUUGUUACAGCCGGAAAUCCAUAGAGAUUCAUAAUAGUAUCAGUCUGUCGGGAAAAUAACGGCGGGUUGUCGCAGAAAAAGGUGAUCUCUCGUCGAAAAAAGGAUGCAGUCGCGCACCAAAUCUCCAGCUUCUGCAGCCAUCGCAAAGCGAUGAUGGAAGAUUCUGAACCGCCACGAUCCGCGGUUAUUUUCCCGAUAGACUGAUGGAACCUCUAUACAACAAAUUCCCCAAAAAUGAAACCUCUCCGAAAGAGUUCCUUAUUCUGGCCGCAACAAAGGUACUCUGCGAACUGCGCCCAAGCUUGGGAACUAAAGUUAGGAAAAAAGGCUUCGACAUAGCUAUCACUGAAUUACUAUAGUAGCUCUAUAGUUUUAAGGGUACCUACGAAGGCUAUGACGACUCAUUUAGUUCCAUACGGAGGCAAUAAGUUUAUUUCCUUACAUGUUUCAUCGUAUAAAGUGUAAAAUCGCAGGCUGCAGCCGUUUUUGAAGGGUAAGGUGGUACGUAAAAAAGAAGGUACCUCACUAACUAAGUCCACUGUCUGGGAAUUGACAACGAUGAAUUGAGCCUGCACGCCAAAUUUGGGCUAGUUUCCGCGAAGUUAUAAGUUGUGGCCAGAAUACGGAACUUUUACCAAACCUCUCUAUUACGAACAAUUUCCGAGCCGUAGAGACUCAGUUUUGGGCCAAAAUAAGUUACCAAACCAAAUGUUCAUAUUAUCAGUCUGCCUGGAAAAUAAUGAGCACACUGUCGCUGCGCCUAUCGCGCCGCUAAAGUGAAAAGCCAUCGAAAGUCGUUCGUUGUGGAGAGGUUUCUUUGUACGGGAGUUUGUUUCAUAGAAGAAUAUUUCACGUGGUUUCAAACUAGUCUUUUUGCGUUGUAAAAAAAGCACUUUCCCUCGGGAAUGUUCGCAGUUUGGUCACGGAGUUGACCUUGACUUGGCGGAUGUCCUGCUCUCCAAUUUUGAACCACAAUCUGUCGCUAGAAUAAUUUGAGUUUUUUUGCAGAAAGCCAACUUCCUGCUAGCCUCGUUCCUCUCCAUAUGCUAUAGUGUUUCGUUCGCCGCCACGCUACAACAUGCGGUGCACAAUGAUUUGAUGGACAUCGGAUGGAUUGGAGUGUUGUCGGCCGCAACCGCCAUGUUGGCAUAUUUGACGCUUCUUUUGGGGAAUGCGUUGCGCGUUUCGUGGCUCUACAUCCCCGCCUUGUUCUAUUCGGUAAGUAAAAAAAAUUUUCGAAGGUGCGUAGAUUUUUUGUGGAAACAUUAUUCUCUACGGUAGAAGAGAAUAGGUAUGAAACUUUUCUGUUUUAAGUUUUAAUUUUAAUUUUUUUUGAUCCAAAAAUCACGGUUAUUUCUGAAACACGAGCGAUAAGCAUCUCCUAUAGAGCUUAGAAAACUAUUAUCAGUCUGUCGGGAAAAUAGUGGGCACAUUCUGGCUGGGCCGAUCAUGUCGCUGAAGUGAAAAGCAUUUUGAUUUUCUCCGCGACACAAUUCAUUUCCUCGGCGGCGAUGCGAUGCGACAGAUUGCUCAUUAUUUUCCCGACAGACUGAGAGCUCAAUUUUUUUAUUAAUUUCAUCAAAAUCGAAUGAUAAAUUAAUUUUUUUGACCUUCCAAACUACAAAAAUUUUUCAUUCACAGAAACACCACCCCGUAUUUUACCCUGCCUCCAAUUUCAGGUGCUCUGGUCGUUCGACCAGACCUGUGAGUCGGUCACAAAAUCCUGGGCCUACUUCUCUUCGCUGGCGGAUCAGAAGACCUUCACGCAGACCAUCAUCAUCCCCUACCAUCACGAGUACCUGAACACGUUCGUCGACGACGUCUUGGUGAACCUGCUGAGGCCGACCGUCGGCUUCGCAACACUGGUCAUCGUGUUCUGCGGCUAUCAGUACCUGAAGGACAUGGCCAAGGACAAAAAGUCGGUGGAGAUGAAGAGCCUGGGACAGCCCGAGAAUCUGCCCAUGUUCGAGACGGUCUAG